GCACCACAGCUGCGAGACAGAUGCAUAUGCUUUAUGUAAUUACCAUCCAAUGGAGCGCGCUGGGAAAAAUCCUGUGCUGUGAUGAACAAUUUGUGAAUACAUUUGUAAUAAAAGCUCUACAAUAAGCAAAAUGGCUUGUAUGACACACGUACAACGUGUACGAACAUUGUACAAAACAAUAUUAAGAUUGCACAGAGGCUUACCAGAAGGACUUCAGGUCCUAGGAAAUCAAUAUGUACGUGACGAAUUUCGCAGACAUAAAACCUGUACUACUCACGAAGCGUCUCUAUUCAUGAACGAAUGGACGGACUACGCAAUAUCUUUAGCCAAUCAAUUGGGCAUUAAAGGAAAACCAAAUCCAAUAGAGUACGUGGGAAACAAUCUGGAUGUUCACAAACUAGGUGAUUUUCGAGAUGAACAAGUGGCACAGCUAUACGAAUUAUUGCAAGCAUCUAAAGGAAUGAACGAAGAGAAUCGAUAAAACAAAUUGCGUUUAUUUAUUUAUUUAGCAAAA